UUUUGAGUGUUUAUUGUUGUUGAAAAUUGCUCACUAAAGUGGUUUUUUAACUUUUAUAUUAUAUAGUAACUAUAUGUUUAGCUAAAUGUAUAAAUAAAUAUAAUAAUAUAAGACAUGACUUCAGAAAAGACUUAUUUUCAAGAGGAUUGGUUACAACAAGAUAUUUAUAAAGAUUGGUUAGUUCCCAACGCACAUGCAAAAACUAAAGCUCAUUACAAAAAAUGUAAAAAAUCAUUUGAAUUGUCCAAUAUGGGUAUUCAGGCUGUUAAAAGUCAUGCAGCAGGUAAGAAGCAUCAGUCUGCUACAAAGCCUGCUAGUUGUUUCUUUAUUAACGGAAAAGAGUUGCAUGCUAAACCACUUGGAAGUGAUGAAAAAAUAUCCACAUUUUUCACCAAAAAACAAGCAACUAUUGUCUCUUUAAUUAAAUCAUCGUUAUCAACUAAUGCUUGUUUUUUGUUUUUUCCCUCUUUUUUUGACCUUUGUACGCUUUUUGAUGCAUAUUUCAUUAUAGGUACCAGAGGGUUACUUCAUUCUUGAACAUUGCAAUCCAUAAAUCUACCUUGU